AUGACCGCUGUGCUUCAACAAAGCCUAUCUGCUAAGCAAUCCAUACAUUUCAUGCCUACGGAUGUGAGUGAUGAAGCUGAAUAUAUAAAAGGAGUGUCUACUUACAUUUUACAUAUUAGUGGUGCUUUAAUUAAUGGGCAAAAGACAAUCGUGGAUAUUACGGAGAAGAUUUACAAAUAUAUUGACUAUCACCCUCAAAAACACAUUAAAAUUCGGGAUCGAGACUAUUAG